UAUUUUCUCGUUUUCUGAAUUCAACUGCAAAACGGGAAAUAUUCAUUAAAAAGGAUUGGCGGGGCCCCUUCCCCUUUCAAAUUAUUUAACUACCAUUUCCCCCAUCGGAGCUGGGACGGAGGCUCCAUCACCGGUGGGUAACGCCUUCUGCCCAUUUCUUCCCUUGGAACUUCUUGUUCUGAUCAAAACCACACCACCAACAAACCCUCUAUCAACUCUUAUCUCCGAUACUUCUCUCUCUUUCAAUCUCGUUUGGUCAACGCAUCCAUAUCGAAACAGAGUCGAUUACGUUGCUAGAAGAGCACCACGAGCUCCGAUUGAACCUGCAUGGUUUUUCAGACAAUGUUGCCGGGUUUAUAGGAUUUUGGCAGUUGGUCUUUGGACGGACGGGAGGAGAAGAUGGCCGACGACCAUGAAAUUUUGGACCCUUUAAUACAGGAAAAACAGAUCACUCAAUGGCGUGCGUCGGGGUCAACCUCUGCUUCUUCAUCGCCGGAGGAUCCAUAUCCCGUCGAAAAUUCUCCGGUGGAGCAAGUUGCCCUUACAGUUCCGGUCACUGACGAUACUUCACUUCCCACAUUCACUUUCAGGACGUGGAUUUUGGGGAUAAUCGCGUGUGCGCUUCUGUCCUUUCUCAAUCAAUUCUUCUACUAUCGGAAAGAGCCUCUUUCAGUUACCUCAAUUUCUGCCCAAAUAGCGGUGGUUCCGAUUGGCCAUUUAUUGGCUUCCGCCCUAACUAACAGAGUAUUCUUCGAAGGGAAGAAAUGGAAGUUCACUCUCAAUCCAGGACCAUUCAAUCAGAAGGAACACGUCCUCAUCACCAUCUUUGCAAACUCCGGCGCCUCUACCGUCUAUGCAAUUCAUGUCGUCAGUGCAAUCAAGAUCUUCUACAAGAAGGAACUCACCUUCUUUCUAGCGUUGCUCGUUGUAUUGACUACUCAAGUGCUUGGUUUUGGCUGGGCCGGUAUUUUCCGACGAUACUUGGUCGAGCCGGCCGCCAUGUGGUGGCCACAAAAUCUGGUUCAAGUCUCCCUCUUCAGGGCAUUACACGAAAAAGAAGAGAGACCAAAAGGGAAAUUAAGCAGAAACCAAUUCUUUGUCAUUGCCUUCACUUGCAGCUUAGCUUAUUACGUUUUCCCUGGCUAUCUCUUUCCCAUGUUGACAUCAAUGUCCUGGCUCUGUUGGGUGUUUCCCACAUCCAUAAUCGCCCAGCAGCUUGGCUCAGGGCUGCGUGGCUUAGGCAUCGGUGCCUUUGGUUUCGAUUGGUCCACCAUAUCAGCUUAUCUUGGGAGCCCUCUUGCCAGUCCAUGGUUUGCCACUGCUAACAUUGCUGCUGGUUUUGCCAUUGUCACUUACCUUGUGACCCCAUUAGCAUAUUGGCUUGAUCUCUUUAAUGCUAAGACAUUCCCCAUUUUUUCUGAUGGAUUGUUUACCUCUGCUGGCCAAAACUACAAUAUCUCUGCUAUAAUUGACCCCCACUUCCGUCUUGAUGUUGAUGCUUAUAACCGCGAAGGUCCACUCCGCUUUAGUACCUUCUUUGCUCUCUACUAUGGUGUCAACUUUGCCUGUCUUGCUGCCACUGUUGUUCACGUCUUACUCUUCCAUGGGAGAGAAAUAUGGCGAUUAAGCAGGUCAGCUUUGCAAGAGAAGCUGAUGGAUGUACACACAAAGCUGAUGAGAAAGUAUGAUCAAGUUCCUGAAUCGUGGUUCAUGUGCAUCCUUGUAGUUAACAUUUCAGCCACCAUUUUCAUAUGUGAGUACUAUAACAACCAGCUCCAAUUGCCAUGGUGGGGCGUUCUGCUUGCUUGUGGUCUUGCGGUGUUUUUCACUCUCCCGGUCGGAGUUAUCGCUGCUUUGACAAAUCAGGCUCCAUCAUUAAACGUAAUCACUGAAUUCAUUAUCGGUUACUUGUAUCCUGGCUACCCUGUUGCUAAUAUGUGCUUUAAAGUUUAUGGAUACAUAAGUAUGAAGCAGGCAAUCACAUUUUUGCAAGAUUUCAAACUCGGCCAUUAUAUGAAAAUUCCUCCUAGAGAAAUGUUCAUUGCACAGGUCGUUGGAACAGUGGUAUCGGCAGUGACGCACUUGGGAACAGCCUGGUGGCUUAUGGCAACAAUCCCCAACAUAUGCGACCGAGCCACGCUUCCAGCAGGCAGUCCAUGGACAUGUCCCGGUGACCAUGUAUUCUACGACGCCUCAGUCAUUUGGGGCCUUGUUGGUCCUCGUCGAAUCUUCGGUGAUCAAGGCAAAUAUGGAUCAUUAAACUGGUUUUUCUUAGCUGGAGCAGUGUCUCCUCUCUUGGUUUGGCUAGCACACAAGGCCUUCCCAGACAAAAAUUGGAUCAAGCUGAUCACCAUGCCGGUGCUCCUCGGUGCAGUGGUGAAUAUGCCACCAGCCACUGCAGUAAACUACACGAGCUGGAUUGUAAUAGGAUUUGCUUCAGGCUUUGUUGCUUACCGGCAUUACCGUGGGUGGUGGAGCCGCCAUAACUAUUUGCUAUCAGGAGCUUUGGAUGCUGGAUUGGCAUUCAUGGGUGUGUUUCUGUACCUUUGUUUGGGAAUGCAACAUAUAUCUCUUCAAUGGUGGGGUGGGGAUUCAGAUGCUUGUCCUUUGGCUUCUUGUCCUACAGCACCAGGAAUCGUUGUCAAAGAUUGUCCUGUCCAUUAUUAGUUGCUAUUAAUGGUGAGUUUCAAUGUAAUAUAAUUCAUUGAUAUUUAUUUUUGAGCUGAAGAAGAAAAUCAGUUGAUUCAUAUGGGAAAUAGAUCCUAAGUUUGUUCUAAUGGGAGGGAAAUGUAACUACCAACAUUUAACAUUGAGUGAAUAGCACAAAUUGGUAUUUUGUUUAA